AUGUCUUCACGACCGCUUCAUCCAGAUGAAUAUGAACUCCUCAACCGUCCGUCCCUCGAGUCUCGAGAUAGCUUUGACCUGGACGCUGCCGAUUUCGAAUCUCCUCAUCCUACAUCCAGCCACAGCUAUCCACUCCAAGCCGCUUCUCUGAUAUCCCGAUUACGUUCUCUCCUCCCAUUCUUCACCGGACAACAGCAUCCCCCUCGAGGUCGCCGACCAGGCCAAACUUCCUGGAAGAAAAGCAAGCAUUCUACGUUUCGCCGUCGUCUUACCUUACGCCGGCUCUGUUUUAUUUGUUUCGCGUCCUGCGGAAUAAUAUCCGCCCUCGCGCUCCUCACGUUUAUCAUCCGCCCUUCCUAUACACAUCCUCCCGUCCAUUACAAUUCCCUCCGACAUACCGUAUUGAAUUCACAGUCCCCAGGCAGGGGGAACCCGCGAAACGAAAAGGUGUUCGUUGCCGCCAGCUUAUACGAUAGAGAUGGCGCGCUUGCACGGGGGAGAUGGGGAGAAAAUAUUCUUGAACUUAUCAGCUUAUUGGGGGAUGAUAACGUAUUCUUAAGCAUAUAUGAGAGCAACAGUGGAUUGGAGGGCGAAACCGCACUCAGGGAGUUUGAAGACAAAAUCAAAUGCAAGCGGUCAAUCGUCUACGAGGAGCGCAUGGAUGUAAAUUCAGUGUCUCAUAUCACAUUACCAGACGGCUCGGAGCGCAUAAAACGGAUAGCCUAUCUAGCUGAGGCGCGAAACCGAGCACUCCGGCCCCUCGAUGAUCCGGCUAGCGAUCGGUUCGAUAAACUCCUAUACCUCAAUGAUGUUGUCUUCGAUCCCAUUGACGCCCUCCAGCUCCUCUUCUCUACAAACAUGGACAAAAGCGGCACCGCACAGUACCGUGCCGCCUGCGCUGUUGAUUUCAUCAACCCGUUUAAAUUUUAUGAUACCUUUGCCACGAGGGACCUGGAGGGUUUCUCGAUGGGAGUUCCUUUCUACCCGUGGUUCUCUAAUGCAGGGAAGGCUGAGAGCCGGCACGAUGUGCUUGAUCAAAAGGACGCCGUCCGUGUGAGGAGUUGCUGGGGGGGAAUGGUCGCAUUUGAUGCAAGGUUUUUCCAGCAGGGGAAAACCGAACAACCCGGGCAACGUAAAGCGCAGGGACGGAGGGAUGAUGACCCAGUGCCUCGCGCGUCUUCGGUAGCCAGGUUCCGCGCAGAGUCGGACCUCUACUGGGAUGCUUCAGAAUGCUGCCUGAUCCACGCAGAUAUCCAAAAACCACCUUAUGAAUCCAAUAACGAACCAGUCGUCGAUACAGGCAUAUACAUGAAUCCUUACGUUCGAGUUGCAUACGACACACAAACUUUGGCAUGGCUUGGUGUCACUCGAAGAUUUGAAAGGCUCUAUUCCUUGGCCCAUUCUAUUGUAAAUGCUGUUGCCGGUAUGCCUAGGUCCAACCCCCGCCGGACCGAAGUAGCGGGAGCAGACGUGGAGGAAAAAGUCUGGGUUCCCAACGGCGAGAAGGGGGGUUCUUACGAAGUGGUUAAACGCAAGGCUGGGACUGGAGGUUUCUGUGGUCGUCGCGGGCUGCAGGUAAUGGUGGCUAACCCUAGUAAGGGGCAAAAGAACUGGGAAUCUCUUCCUGUUCCAGCGGGCUAUUAA